GUAGCCAUUUUGGAAAUACGGGAAGUACGAGUAAUGCAACUUGUUUUGCCGUGAAUCACCGUUAAACAGUGACUAAAAUGGUGGAAUGCAUUGUGGAGUAUGACUAUGAAGCAGAGCAACCAGAUGAACUAAGCAUUAAAGCCGGUCAAAUUAUAAAAAAUGUAUUAACAGAAGAUGGAGGAUGGUGGGAAGGAGAACUUGAUGGAAAGAAAGGGAUGUUCCCAGAUAAUUUUGUAAAGAUAAUUGAAAAGAAAGAUAAACCAGUUGAGAAACGUGAAGAACCCAAAAGAGAUUUGAAGACCCAGCAGAGAACAUCUGUCAGAGAUUUAGCCAGCAAGAUCAAAGAUGGCAUACCUGUUGGUGGUUCACAGAAGAAAAAAGAAUCUCAUCAAGCAGUGAUCAAAAGAGCCAAAGUUUUAUAUUCUUAUGAGCCUGACAACGAAGAUGAAUUAAAGUUAGACAUAGAUGAUGUUGUUGAUGUUUUUAAACAGGAAGAAGAGGGCUGGUGGGAAGGCUCACUACAUGGUAAAGUUGGUGUUUUUCCAUCCAACUUUGUACAAGUUAUUGAAGAAAUAGAACCGACAGCUAGAGCAGAAAACAUUCCAGAGGAAAAGCCAAAAGACCCACCACAAGCAGAACCAAAGACAAAGAAAAUUGUAGGUGGUGUUGGUUUGGGUAAUAUAUUUGAUGGAGGACCUAUCAAACUGAGGUCAGCAACAAGAUCUAAAAUACCACCACCAGAACAGGAGACGAAGCCAGAAGAACCAAGUCAUCAUCCAAUAAGUGUGCCAAAGAAAGAAAAACACGAGAAAGCCAUAGUACGACAUUCCUACGAUGCUGAUAACGAGGACGAACUGGCGUUAAAGAUUGGAGAGGUUGUCAAUAUCAUCAGUAAAGAGGAGGAGGAUCCAGGAUGGUGGAAAGGGGAGUUAAAUGGGAAGAUUGGGGUUUUCCCUGACAACUUUGUGGAGUUAAUGCACACAGAUGAGUUUGGUACCGACAAAGUUUUAAGACCGAAGUUUCUUCCCAAAAGUGAACCACAACCACGCCCAAAGAAGCCUCCACCUCCUACCACUACCCCAUCAUUAGCUCAGGCGAGUGUAAAAUUACCUGAGAAAGCAGCUGCACCAGAGACAGCUCAUCACACAGAAAAACAUGCUAAAAAAGAGAAAGAUGAUUUACCGAGUGUUGAAAAAUCUGCACCACCAGCAUUACCCAGCAAGAAACCUUCCGUACCUCCACCACUGCUUCGUAAGCCAGCUAAACCAGACCCCCCACGGCCCACGUCACAAACAGAGCACAAGCUUCCACCCCCUACAAUAACAAAGGAGGAACCUACUAAAGAUACAGAGGAGAAAAAACAUACAGGUCAAUUUGAUGAAAUACAGGCCUCGUCUGACAAACUUACACAUUUGACAGCAAGUCGACCAAAAGGUCCUUCUAAACGACCUCCAUCACAAGUCUUUAACCAUACGUCUCAGGGAAUUACCAAGACUGUCCAGCACAUUGAAACAAAUGUUGAAAGCGAGGAGGAAGAAAGAAAUGGUGAUGUAAAGGAUACUCAUUGGUUAAAGGAGGAUAAAACUCUACAUUCCAAGUCUCAUGUUAAAGAUACAGAUAUCCAUAAAGGAGGGCCAAGUCAUUCAGAUAUCCAUAAAGGAGGGCCAAGUCAUUCAGAUAUCCAUAAAGGAGGGCUAAAUCAUUCAGAUAUCCAUAAAGGAGGGCCAAGUCACACAGAUAUCCAUAAAGGAGGGCCAAGUCACACAGAUAUCCAUAAAGGAGGGCCAAGUCAUCCACAAGCAACAGAUUACCAUAAAGGAGGACCAAGUAUUCCCCCAACACGACCUCCUGAACCCAGCCCAGCAGUCACAGCGACAGUACCUACAGCAGCUCUCACAAGUCUUCACACAGCCAUAGAGGAUCUAAAGAAAGAAAUACAUCACCUCAAAUUAAACACAGUAUCAAAAACAGCAUUUGAUGAACUUAAACAUGAUAACGAAAAAAUCCGACAUGAAUUAGACUCACUGAAAGCUACCAGUAAUAGAAAGCUGAGAGACCUUAUAAACGAAGUGGACGAAGAAAAGAAGAUUCGACUCAGUACUCAAGUGGAAAUUGAACGCAUUAAGAAAUUAGUCAAUGAAUCGCAUGUGUAGCUGUACAUACAUUAUCAUUAUUUUCCUAUAAACUGGUCAGUUCAAGGUCGUCGGUUGUUACGUCAGUUCAAGGUCGUCUGUUGUUACACCAGCUGGUCAAUUCAAGGUCAUCUGCCUAACAAGUUUUUUCUCUGUACAGUAGAAUUCCUCUGCCAACUAGAACUUUACAUGAUAAACAAGCAUUCUUUUAUUCAGUUUUGUUCAUGAGGGAAGCAAGUUCGUUAAGAUUUUGUUGGAGAAAUAUAAGAUGUUGCCUACUAUAUCACUUUCUGAGCAUGUCUGCAUAUUAUUUUUAAAGGUUAUAUUAGAAUUGAUAAGACCUCAGAUAAAAUGACAUUUGUGUCCCUCCAAAUUACAUUUUUCAUCACAAACCAGCUAUAGAAAAGCAUUCAUUAAUUGACAGGGGUAAGACUAUUUUUAAACAACCUUGGGUUUCUAGGCACGUUUAAGCUAUAGAUAUGAUAUGACUGCUGAGAUGAUUUAAUUUUCCCGAAAAUAAAAAGUUGACCAAAGUCUUGUGACAAUUUUGUUUUUACAUCCUGGUCUAUAUAGUGAUCACUUGAUCAGUCACAUGAUACUGAUUCAUUAAAUGUAGAUUUAUGAUUUUGGACACUGGUAAAAUCUGUGUUAUUACCUGAUGAAUUCCUCUUUAUUAUCAACAUUAAAGACUUUCUAUUUGCCCUGUUGAAACAUUCUGAUGGCGCAGCUGUUGUGACUUGAAGAAACAAAAAUCUGUGUUUUCAUAUUUUAUACUUGACUGUGUUAAACACAAAAAUUCACAAUAAAUCUCUUGUUUUAUGUGCCAUUUAUUUGUUUGUUAAACAUUAGAGAUUUUAAUCAGUAAAAUUCAAAACCAUGCUCUAUAUUUGAUGGGUCUCAUCUAAAUUUCCAAAUUCACAAAUAUCAUACAUCAUUGUACCAUGUUCUCUUUUCAUCAUUUUGCCAUGAAGAAGACUAAUGGACUGAUCAGUUUAAAGUCAGCUAUACAUAUCUAUGUUUAAUUUAUUACUGUAGUGAAGGCAGUAGAAGGUUCUCAAUAUUUAUUGCAUGCAGUAGAUCAAAUUAAUUAUUCAUAGUGUUUUCCUUAUAUAGUAUUUUUUUAUUUGCUAUGCAUUAGUGAAGAUCAUUUAAAUUUUCACAUUUUCAAGUAGCUAUUUUCUUUGUCAAUUUUUUACAAUUUUUAUGAAAUUUAUAUAUACAAAAUAUAAUAUUGUUGAAAGUAUUAAAAUUUUUAUGUAUUUUUAUCUUAAAAAUAUAUCUUGCACAGAAAUUAGAAAAAUAAUGGUAAUUCCAAAGGUUAUAAAUUGACCUGAAAGAUAUACAAAUCAGUGGAACUGGUGAAAUGCCCCAACAAGGUUAAAAAUAAAAUGGAGUUCUGACCCUCCAGAUUAUGUAUUUCUUGGAAAGCUCAAACUAAACACAACAACCUCAUACCUUCUGUCACUGAUCUGUUUGAAGGAAUAACUUAAAACAAAUUUUUAUUGUACAUUUAUAAGUUAAUAAAGUAUUCUUUUUUGCUAAUAUUUGAAAGGAAAUAUAAUAGCUAAACUCUACUUUCACUUUUAACGAGAUCUUUACAGUUAACUUUACCCUGACAAAACCAGAAAGUUUCCUAUUGUCUCAUUCUUUGGGGAAAUUUUGAAAAACAAUUUUAGAAUACUGGCUCUUUUCACAAAAAAUUUUUAAGACAAAAAUUGAUUUUAACUUAUAUUUAAAUUUUCAUGUUGGUUCUAGUAAGGUUUUUUGUGAAAUUGAUCACAGACUAGUAUAGGCAUUUAAAGCUUUGAUAUAAAAGGUUAUUAUCCAGGCAAUUAUUUUAGUUUUAAAUGUAAUGAAUUUAUUCCCAAUACUUCAAGUGCAUUCAUAUGUUUAUAAAUAUAACACAUUCCUUGUUGUGAACAGUUAUUACAUUGUUUUAUUUGUGAUUCAAUAUUUAAAUUCAAAUCAGAGGCUUUAAAUUUAAUCUAAAAUUUGGUAAAUAUUCUUGUUGCAUGAUAUGUUACUUAUGCUUAUUUCUUCCUUGUACAUAAAUAGAAUUUUUGGGUAAUUUAGAGAUGUUCUGUCAUACUAAAUUCAGACUUAAAAAAAUUAAAAAAAUAUUUGGUUGAACAAAGUCACUGCCUAGUAUGUCAUUAUUGUUGUCAGUUAGAAACUCAUCAUAAAUCCAUCACUGAUACAGUAGGAAUCUUAUAUUAGAAUUUCCUUUUAUAUCUCUACAUAAUUUCACAUUUUUAAAGAAUCAAAAUUUUUUUAUGCUUUACCAUACAUAUAGUUUUACAAAGAUUUUGAUUUGUUUUUUUCUUUCAAAAAGUUAAAUAUGCAGAAGAAGUACUAACAAUUACCCUAACAAAACUGUAUAUUAUAUAUAUAAAUAUAUCUUGUAUACCUCUCACUCAUAUUAUGGUGCUUGUAAUUCUAAUAUAGUCAGGAGUUUUUCUGUUUUUGAUACAUUUUGUAUUUUUGAAUUGAUUUAAAUAUUAGCCGACAUUUGUUUCUAUGAUCUGAGAUGGGCAAUAUGACUGUAAAAUAAUGAAUUCAUGUCCCCACUGGCUUGUUUGAUGGAGAAUUUACCAUAUAAUGGGUUGUAAUUGCUUGUAAAUAUUACAGUAAGCCAUACUACAAUAACUCUUUUAACAGUACCAUCUGAAAAACAGUAAAAACUCCUGACUGAUUAUGUGUGUGUUCUAUACAGGGCAUUAAUAUAUCUCAUUAUAAUAUUAUUAAGUGUAUUAGAAUCUCAAAGAAUUCCACAUGAAUAUAAUUCAGGUGUUGUUGCUGAAGACUUUCUUUACUGUUCUCACAAGAUACCUUAAUAAACUGGGGACCUGUAGGAAACGUGUUCUCACAAGAUACCUAAAGUAACUGGGGACCUGUAGGAAAGGUGUUCUCACAAGAUACCUAAAGUAACUAGGGACCUGUACGAAACAUGUUCUCACAAGAUACCUAAAGUAACUGGGGACCUGUAGGAAAGGUGUUCUCACAAGAUACCUAAAGUAACUAGGGACCUGUAGGAAACGUGUUCUCACAAGAUACCUAAAGUAACUGGGGACCUGUAGGAAAGGUGAUCUCACAAGAUACCUAACGUUACUAGGGACUUGUCGGAAAUGUGUUCUCACAAGAUACCUAAAGUAACUGGGAACCUGUAAGAAAUGUGUUCUCUAAUAAAUCUCACAAGAUACCUAAAGUAACUGGGGAUCUGUAGGAAACGUGUUCUCACAAGAUACCUUAAGUAACAGGGGAUCUGUAAGAAAUUUGUUCUCACAAGAUACCAAAAGUAACUGGGGACCUGGAAGAAAUGUGUUUUCACAAGAUACCUAAAGUAACUUGGGACCUGUAAGAAAUGUGUUCUCUAAUAAAUCUCACAAGAUACCUAAAGUAACUGGGGAUCUGUAAGAAACGUGUUCUCACAAGAUACCCAAAGUAACUGGCACCCUGCAGAAAACUUGUUAUAUUUUAUAACUUUGAUUUUUUUUGAAUUACCAUGGACUAGCUGACUUCAGCAAACAAUAUGUACUAAAACUGAAUAUUUUUGUACAGAAGUUUUACUCAGACAGCUGUUUAACUUUUCAAUGGUGUCUUGUAGUGAUUUAAAUAGACCAGAUCCUAUUUCAAAAUAUUAUUAAGAAAUUCUUAUUUUUAAUCAUUGUAUAUUUGUAUAGUUACAUUUUAAUUAAUGCUUAAUGAUAUUGCCAUUAAAAAGACCCUCUUCUCACAUAAAUGGUUAAAACUUUACGUAGCCUAUAUCUAAAUUCACCAAGUUGUGUCCAGCACUGAACUUUUUAAAUGUCCUGAAAUAUAUUAAAAAUAUUUGGUCCUGUUGUUUCUCACAACCAUAGGGUGCUACAUAAAUAUCGUAAGUUUCACCUACUUCAUGUUUGUUGGAUAUAUUGUAUGUUAAGAUACAGAAGAGGGGGUAACAUUUUGUGAACUUUCACAUGUGUUAAUUCAUGAUAUUCAUGCCAUGCAUGUUGUUAACAGAGAUGUAAAGAGAUUAGACCCAACAGUUAUUUUAUCAAUGGAAUGAAAGAACAUUUAUUAAAGUGAAAAAAAGUUAAAUUGAUUAUUAUUGUUAUUAUUAUUCAAAAGAAUUCCCAAGAUGAAUAUGGAAUGAAGGAGCAGUGCAUAAAUAUAGGUUUUUGCUUUAUAUAAAUUUUAAUUCAUCAGUUCUAUAAAUAGGCUGUAUUAUAACACAAUGUGUACAAUAUCAUGGCUUAUAGCUUAUAUCAUAUCAGAGAUAGCCAAUCUCAUGGUUAGUGAACUAUAUAUAAAUUGAUUUGAAUGUGGAAUGUUUUAUAGAUCCAUCUCCCCAAUAGAGUUGUUUUGUCAGUGCAUACAUCUUAGAAAGUCGCAAAGGUCCAUGAAAAUAAAGUUAUCUUGACCAAGAUUUUACACAUGAACGACUAGUGCAGAUCUAACAUAAAAGAAUGAAAUUGUUGUCGGUGCACACAUAUUUGAUAGCACUGGGUAACAUGCUAAAUGUCCCAACUAACUCAAACAUUCUUUUUAAUACAAUAAAGAAUUUAUUCUGGGUAACUAAAAUGAAGUCUGUCUUACUGAUAAAAUAUACUUUCAUGUAGGUCAUUUUUCUCUUUGUUUUUUUUUUGUUUUGUUAGAAUGCAUGUCUGGUCAAUAGAUGUGAUAAAAGUCAUUCUGCCAAUAAAAUAAAGCUUGCCAUGUAGUGAUAGAGCUUUCAUUGUUAUAUUUAGAUCUGUAUUAAGCUUUGUAUUCCUGGGUCCAUACAAGUUCAGUGAAAUCUUAGAAGUGUGUCAUUCGUUAUAAGAAUCUUGUAAUGAUAAAAAUAGGAAUUGAAUCAAAUUUAAAACAUGAAGCAAUGUACACUGAAAUAUCAUUGUAUAUCAUGUAAAAUAGAGCUAUAAAUUGUCCAAAUUCAACAGUUAACUUCACAGAAAGGAGAGAGAGAAAAAAACACAUAUUACCAAUAUUCUUUGAUUGAAUUGAAUUGAAGUAAUUAUCAACUCAUUGUAAAUAUGUCAACAAUAAUGUCCACAAGAUGGACGUUUUUACCAGCCAUUGCUAGCAAUGUUUACAUUACCUUAUUCUUAUGAAGAUCAGGAUUAACUAUAUAAGUGACACACUUCCUUACGUCUAUGUUAAAUAAUCAAAAGUUUAUUUUCCUUAAUUUGACAUGUUUGGACUAGGUUAUAUGCUGUUUGUUAAGUGCUUUCAUUAUUUUGUUUAUAAAUAAGUUUGCAUUCUAUUUUUGUAUCAUUUGUAUGUACAUAUAUAUAUAUAGAUAUACUGGUAUAUAUUAUGUAUAUAAAUUUAAACAUUCCUGAUAUUUGUAAACAUGUAUGAUAUUAAAAAAAGAAAUAAGAAAA